UGUUCUUCGUAUGACAAUUAGUCUGACUGUGAUAUUGAUAGAGGCAACUGGCAACAUCACCUACGGCCUUCCUCUCAUGCUUGUGCUGGUGUUUGCCAAGUGGAUUGGUGAUCUCUUCAACGAAGGCCUGUACGAUAUUCACAUACAGCUGCAGAGUGUUCCUAUACUUCCCUGGGAACCUCCGCAAUUAACAGCAAAUAUCCAUGCAAGUGAGAUCAUGAAUCGUCCAGUAGUGACCUUAAACAGUAUUGAGAAAGUUGGUCGGAUAAUUGAUGUGCUUAGCUCAUCUGAUUCUAACCACAAUGGUUUUCCGGUUGUUGAUCCUCAGGAUCCACAGGAGGAG